GCUUUCUACCCCAAUCCCAUCCGGUCAUCCACAAGUCCGUCUCCCUCCAAAACCCACACAUCCUCUGCCACCCUCGCCGCGCGGCGCCUCCGCCUCCGCCCCCGCCGCGGCGUCUACAUAACCGCCAUAACCACCGCACCCACCUCGCUCCCCCAUUCGUCGGCCGCAGCUCCGUCUCCCGCCAUGCAAGCGCCCGCACACACCCUCGGGCUCCGCCUGCCCCCUCCUUCCUCCUCCGCACGCCGCCGCGCUCGCCGGCCCGUCCGCACGGCGGCGGCGGCGGCCACCCAGGCGGCGCCGCGGCGGGAGACGGACCCCAGGAAGCGGGUGGUGAUCACGGGGAUGGGGCUGGUGUCCGUGUUCGGGAGCGACGUGGGCGCCUUCUACGACCGGCUCCUGCAGGGCGAGAGCGGGGUCGGCCCCAUCGACCGCUUCGACGCCGGCAGCUUCCCCACCCGGUUCGCGGCCCAGAUCAGGGAUUUCUCGUCGGAGGGGUACAUCGACGGCAAGAACGACCGCAGGCUCGACGACUGCCUCCGGUACUGCAUCGUCAGCGGCAAGAAGGCGCUCGAGAACGCCGGGCUCGCCAAGGGCUCCGACGCGCACGUCAAGCUUGACAAAGUGCGUGCUGGAGUUCUCGUGGGGACUGGCAUGGGUGGCCUUACUGUGUUUUCUGAUGGCGUUCAGAAUCUCAUCGAGAAGGGAUACAGAAAAAUUUCGCCUUUCUUUAUUCCGUAUGCUAUAACAAACAUGGGCUCAGCGUUGCUUGCGAUGGAUGUUGGUUUCAUGGGUCCUAACUAUUCAAUUUCAACUGCAUGUGCCACCUCCAACUAUUGCUUUUAUGCUGCUGCCAACCAUAUACGGCGUGGUGAGGCUGAUAUCAUCGUUGCUGGUGGUACUGAAGCUGCAAUUAUUCCCAUUGGUCUUGGUGGUUUUGUGGCCUGUAGGGCACUAUCACAGAGGAACGAUGACCCGACAACUGCAUCUAGGCCAUGGGACAAGGAGAGAGAUGGUUUUGUUAUGGGCGAAGGUGCUGGUGUACUGGUUAUGGAGAGCCUGGAGCAUGCAAUGAAGCGUGACGCACCAAUAAUUGCAGAAUACUUGGGAGGGGCGGUAAACUGCGACGCUUACCAUAUGACUGAUCCUAGAUCAGAUGGACUGGGUGUAUCAUCCUGUAUCACAAAGAGCCUUGAAGAUGCAGGUGUUGCACCGGAGGAGGUGAACUACAUCAAUGCGCAUGCAACUUCCACACUUGCUGGUGACUUGGCUGAAGUAAGAGCCAUUAAGCAAGUCUUCAACAAUACAUCUGAGAUAAAAAUUAACUCAACAAAGUCAAUGAUAGGCCAUUGCCUAGGUGCAGCUGGUGGAUUAGAAGCUAUUGCCACGGUAGAAGCCAUAACUACUGGAUGGGUGCACCCUACCAUUAAUCAAUUUAACCCAGAGCCUGAAGUUGAGUUCGAUACAGUAGCCAAUGAAAAGAAGCAGCAUGAAGUGAAUGUUGCCAUCUCUAAUUCCUUUGGAUUCGGAGGACACAAUUCGGUGGUAGUAUUUGCUCCAUUCAAGGCAUGAUUCGUCCUUGAUACAUACGUAUACAGCCUGCAGCAUGUUCUCACGAUUGGUAAUUUAGUGAGGAAUUUCUUAGAUGUAGCAUAUGAUUUUUCCUCUUCUUUUUAACCAGCUUCAAAGGAUCAAGUUUUGAUUCAUCGAGUUAUGCUGCCAAAAGCAGAUUUGUUUGUUUAUAUGCCAA